UCUGGGCCCCAAGGAAGAACAUUUGUUUUUAAAUAUUGUUGAGUGGCCUCUGUGUGACACCGCCUAUAGUUUCAGCAAAUAUUAAACGACUACGAGGGUAAUACCUCUAGGCUAUAGACCUAGAUCUAACAGUUAGUAGUAUUAAUGACUGCUUUAUGAGAGAGUCGUUUUUAUUUAAGAUCGAGCUAUUGCCCGAGUCUUGCAGUCAUGGUUUUAGCCAUUCCCGUAAAUAAACAAAAAAUGCCAAACCCAUGUGAUAGUUCGAGGGUAAAAUUCCAGUUACCGGGGAAAAGAGUUCUUUCUUGCUGAAAUACCCAUUGGUUCAGUGUUAAAAACUGGUUUGAGCGAUCGCGGAUACCAUACAUACGUGUGCGAAGAAUUGGUCGCUUAAUUUACCAAUUUUUAAUAGCACAAGAAGGUUAUGGCCAUAGAUUCAUUUUCUUUGACAACGUCUCCAAAUGUGACUGCUUCUUCAAGUGACAAGGCAACCCAUCUACAAACAAUGCAGCAGAACACCAGUGUCACUUCAAAAUCAUAUACAGGUGUCAACGAAGGUACGAUGACGGACCUGACUUGGAUUGAAUUACUGAGAAAGCUAGUACAAUCCAAGGAUGCCUCCACUCAGUGGGAGCAGCAGCCACCUACUCACUCCACUCAGGCUGCUUCUACCUCUUCUACACAAGAUCUUGAUAAACCAUCAUGUGGUGAUGACGGUGAAUUAGAACAGGAUGGUCUUGGUUGGUCUUCGCAGGACACCCCUGCAGUGCAAGAGGAUGAGUUCAUGGAUUCCAGUGAACCUUCUGAUUUACAUAUUGAUUUGUCAACCAUUGUAGCAGGGUAUAGAGGCUUUGUGGAGGAAACCACUGUGGCUGAAUCUCAGGAAGGAGAACAAAACAACACACCCAUCCUUAGAAGAAUCAAGGAAGAGAUGAUUGACGAGUUUGAAGAAGGAGAUUACCAGACCCUAUAUGUGAAGGAAGAAUACUUGGAAGAUGAAUGUCAAGAUGAUGAUUAUGCACAUGUGCAUUUGACACCAGGAGGCAGAAAUGGCUGAAGCGACUAUCCCUAGAGUUGAACUUCUUGAUGAUGAUCAAUCACAAGACUUGAUUGAUUCUGAGUGCAGCAAGAACACUAAAAAUUCUGUGAAAUUCUCUUGUUAGAAUUUUCAAAGACUACAAGAAAAUUAUCAACACAGACCUCGAUAGUGUAAACCAACUGCCAAAUUCGGAGCUGGACAAGGUACUCCAAAGGUUCUACGCUGGUGCUAGACGGAAGAACGGUUCACUAUACACCAAAAAGUCAAUGUUAUCUAUUAGAUACGGACUUCAGCGUUUUUUCCUCAUUUCUAAAAAUGUGGACAUUGUUAAGCAUGAAGACUUUACAAAUUCGAAGACACUUUUCAAGCAAUUUUUUUUGUUUAAAGGACACAGAGUUGGGAAUCACAAACCAACUAUCUCACAAGAAGACAUGGACAAAAUCCAAGGUUCGCUUGAUUUGGAUGAUCCUCAAGGUCUUCAGGACAAGGUCUUUCUUGAUGUUAUGUUGUACUUUUGCAACCCUGGGAGGGUGAAUUUGCGUGAAAUGACACUCGACAGCUUUGACAUUUGUGAUGAAGGGGGAAAAUGCUCCGUAACUCUGAAAGAUACAC